AUGCCUGGCCCGAGGAUGCCGGCCUGGGGGAUCCUGCCUAUCAUGCUGCCCGCCUUCACCAUCACCGGCAUGUGGAUCGUGUAUGCCAUGGCCCUCUCCAACAACCACAUUUGCCCUGUCCACAACUGGAAUUACAAUCAGUCCUGUGGUGUGGACAGCCCUGGUUCUUGCUGCACCCUGGACCACAUCCCUCUUGUCAGCAAGUGUGGCACCCUGCCUCCUGAGAGCUGCUUCUUCAGCCUCAUCUGCAGCCUGGGCUCCUUCAUGGUCAUCCUGGUGGGGCUGCUGCGCUAUGCCCACCUCCUGCAGUGCCUUGGGCCAUCCCUCCUCAACACCCUGGGGUUGGCCACUGGCUGGGUCUGUGCUGCAGGCCUCACCAUGGUUGGCAACUUCCAGGUGGAUCAUGCCAAAGUGCUGCAUUACAUCGGGGCAGGGGUGGCCUUUCCAACCAGCAUGCUGUUCCUUCUGCUGCAGUCCAUCCUCACCUACCGCAUGGCCAAAACCCGUGGACAGUACUGGACUGGCCACUUACGUAGCAUCCUCACCUCUCUGGCCUUCCUCACCCUUGUCUUCAGUGGUGUGUUUUUCAUCCAGGAGAGCUUCGUGCUGCAGCAUGUGGCAGCCCUGUGCGAGUGGAUGUUCAUUAUUGAUGUCCUCGUCUUCUACGGCACCUUCACAUUUGAGUUUGGGGCCAUCUCCACAGACACCUUCUUGGUCCUGCUGAAAGCCAGUCAGACCCCUAAAAGUUACAAAGGCGAGAGUGGCAUGUCCAGCACAGCCCAAAUCCACAGCCACUCAGAGGGCCUGGCCAUGGCCUGACCCCCAA